UGUGUCGCCGCCACCGUCAUCAUCACAAGCACCGUCUUCGACGGACGGUUCUGAUGCCUCUCCCGUCGGAUCUCUUAGUAAGAGGUCUUAUGGUUACCCUGUUGAGACAAAGAAAGUGGAGCAUGGUGGUAGUGCAAUGGGUGGACCGCAUAUUGCAAAUAAUAUUGGGCGGAAGAGGCUCUUUGGUGAACUCACACUGGUACUAGUUCAGUUUCUUUGGUGCAUGAGAGAAACAUGUAUCCUCAAUGCAAAAUUAUCUCACAGGAUUUCAAAAAAUCAAACUUCACCAAAAAUGGUGAAGACUACUCAAAGCCUGGUAUCGGAAGUGCUUGAUGUGAAACAAAGAUUGCACCAAAUUGAAAUGGAAAUGUUAAAGCUUCAUUCGAAGCAGCUAGCGAUGGAGAAAAAAGAUGGAAAAUGAUUCAUUUGUCGAAUUCUGGUAUACUACAGGAUUCAGAGAAAAACAUUGAGGUUGACUCAAGAACUGUAUUAGUAACAAAUAUACGUUUUAAAGCAACUAAAGAAGCUUUGUCAUUGUUCUUUGCCAACUGUGGAGGGGUUGUCAAUGUGGUAAUGCUGACAGACAUAUUAACUGCUAACCGACAAGGGGCUGCUUAUGUUACCUUUGCUAACGAGGAAUCUGUUGACAAAGCUGUGGCAUUGAGUGGGACAACAUUUUAUUCAAGAACUGUGAAGGGCACAAGAUGGGUACAGAUUCUGUUAGUCACAAGGAUCUUAUUGUAUUGGUGCUGAGGAAGGCAGAAGCAGCUUCUGCGGCAACAGCCCCAGCCCAGCUUUCUCCGAAGCCUUUCCACGUACAUGGUAACAGAAAGGCCAUCCCCAACAAACCACGGUAUCCGAGCUCUAGUCUUCAAUGGCGGAGAUAGCCCAGCACUGAUCCAACGGAAGCAGAACCACCAUCAGCUCCAGCUAGUGUCGAAAUUGUUUCCUCAUCUGCCCCAAAACAUCUUUCUGAUACAGACAAAGAGGGGAAUGCUUCGUCAACAGAGCGUGCUGCAACUCAAAGCACUUAAUUUCCAGAAUGUCAUCAUUGGGAUGACAUACAGCUUACUAACUGUACCAUACUAAAUAACCGGUGGUCAGGGGGCAGAUUAGGUUGAUCUGUAAAAUCUACUUCUAAACUUUUGAAGGCUGUUUUCUAUUUCAUUUUUGUUUUUUUUA